UGUUUUCUUCUUCUUCUUCUUCAUUCUUUUGGUUUUUGGUAGCGAACUCAGAAAUAAUUCCCGAAUUCCAAUUUGAUCAACCUCUUUACUUCUCUUCUUUCUUCUUCCUUCUUCAUAAAAAAAAAAAACUUUAAUAUAUUUCUACACUCAGUAAUCUCCAAAUCAUCAUUAUACGAAGAAGGAAGAGUUAUUAAGAGCAUCAUCAACUUUUUAAUUAUUUAUUAUUGGGGUUUCAUUUUGCAUUCGAUUAUCUAUUUUUCCCACAAUUUAUAUACAAAACCUAACAACAACAAAAAAAAGAGAAUCUGCAAUUUUGGGUAAGGUUUAAUUCUUGUUUCUUGUGUCCCUUCCGAUUUAAUCACAACCAAAAAAAACAAAAAAGAGAUAUUUUGAUGGCGGAGGAGAGAUCGACGACGAGUAAGGUGAAGUUCAUGUGCAGUUUUGGCGGCAAAAUCCUCCCUAGACCAUUCGAUGGCAUUCUCAAAUACGUCGGCGGCGAGACUCGUGUCAUUGCUGUAUCUCCUGACAUCUCCUUCUCCGAACUCAUGAAGAAACUCACGGCAAUCACAGAGAACGAUAUAGUCCUCAAAUACCAGAUCAUUCCGAUAGAUCUUGAUGCAUUAGUCUCUGUAAAGUCUGAUGAAGAUGUCAAACACAUGAUAGAGGAAUAUUACCGUCACGAAACACCUAAACUAAGAACCUUCUUGUUUCCUGCAAACCCUGUGGUUCUUGAGCAUCAGUUAGGUCCCAUUGAGCCACAGACCAUUGAGCAACGUUACAUUGAAGCCAUCAACGGUAUCGUUCGCACACCCAAGAGUAAUGUUGCUGCUCUUCGUGCUCCCAUCAAAACACGGCCUUCUUUCACCGUCUCUACAUCUUCCUCUCCCAAAUCAGAAUCGUCGCCUGAUGGAUACAGUCACGAGCCGCCAGAGACGAGUUUUCAGAACGGCUACCAAUUGAGCCGGCUUUAUCCAAUGCAUAGAGUACAUAGCAGUCCCAACAUCUCACAGCAGAUGCAGAUGCAGCAGCCACACAACCACCACCACAAUGCAUACUUGCAGUCCCCUAACAGGCUGCGACCACCAGCACCUUUAGACUUCCCCAGAGGCACAGGCUGGGGGGACGCACAAUCACCGAGUCACGGUUUUAACCAGUUAUACACAACCACACAUAACUCAGGUGGUGGUAAUGGCAGGUACGGUUACAAUGAAGAGCGCAGGUUCUGGGGCAGAGCAAGCAGCGUUCCUCAAAGUCCUAAGCACCACGGAUUCCGCCUCUGAUGUGUUUACGCUGCAUAACAUCGCAACCAUCUGUGUAUAUUAUUUGGUCUUGUGUUAGUUGUACAGUUUAACUGUGUAGAUAUCUAACAUGCGCCUGCAUAGUAUGCUGCAGAGGAGCGUCUACUACUUUGUGAAAGGCUGCAAGAGGUUUGAUUUAUUUGUACAUGUUUUGUAACAACACUGCUUUCGUGGACAAUUUGUGCUCCAGAAUAUUGAUUGCUUCACUUAUGUGUUUAAAAGACAAAAUUUGACUCUUACCAUUCAUUCGUUGCCCACAGAUCAAAUUAUCCUUC